AUGCAGGUGGAUCCGGAGGAGACGCCGCCGCCGAACGCGCUGUUGCUGCUCGUGAGUGGCGACGGCAUCCCGCUGCUGGUUCGACGGUAUGGCGACGUUCAAGCACCUCCUAGCGCGGCGGUGGGCGUAAUGAGCGCGCUGUAUCACGCAGCAAGACGCGAGAACGGCUCGGCCGUCGACUUGCAGCUGCUAGCACUCGAGACUAAGCACCGCUCCGUCGUCUAUGAGAUGACACCGAUCGAUAUGUUGCUGGUUAUUGCGUCAGAUAAGCCUUGCAAUGACUGUCCGUCUAGCAGGGUAAUGGUUCGACGUAUGUUGCGUACGGUUUUCGACGCUCUUUUGCUGCUUAUCGGGCGGCGCAACUUGCGCGAGUGGGACGCGUCCAAGCUUCGCGCAGCCAUCUCAAAGCAAGUGGAAAUACUGGACGCUAUAGUCAAGCAGUUUGAUGUAGACCCUCGCUUCGUUUCUGGACGCCCUGUGCGAGAUGUAGUGGCGUAUCGACAGCUAGAUGGCAUUGAUAUCGACAAAAGCGAUGGUUUGAUACAAGGCGCGUGGCUCGAGAACGGCGAACUCGUGGGUGAAUACUUCCGGCCAGAAGGAUCGAAGAUACUUGAUUCAAGAGAGCUGGUGCUUUUGACUGUGCUGGGGGAGUGUGUUGGGCGAAGGGAGAGCAACUACACGCACCACAUUGGUCGAGUCUACCUCAAACGGACCCAAGCGGACGUCAAGGUGGUGAUUCGUAACAGCUCUAGAGGCCCGUUGAUCACCUUCAUCGGCAUUUUUAGAGGCAACGCUGGAGAAGACAAGGCGCUCCGCGAUGCGGUUCGUAUGGGGGUGGUCCUAUUUGUGCGAAUGAGUGGGGGGGGGGCUUACGUUGUUUUCACUACUGCAGGCAGAUAA